AUGUCCUCCCCCCAGAGCCAGCCGCUCCCGUGCGGCGUCUCCAAGCAUUUGGCAGAGAGCGAUGGCGGCGAUGACGGCGCUCCCUCGUCUGUAUACGCUAUCCUUCCCACUGUGCUUCAAACGCGCAUCCCGCGCCUGCGCUCGCUUCGUCGAACCGUCAACGAGUUCCGCGGCCGUUCCAGUCCUCGUCAACUUUCGCCUUCGUGUGUUGCCGCACCUGAUACUCCGCGCCUGGGUGAGGGCGCGCUGACGCCCCCGCCGCGCUAUACUUCGCGGCCGGCGAGUAGCGCGGCUUGGAGGAGAGGCUCGGAUGCAGAUACCACCCAGACUCUGCCGGACGAAGCCAUGUUUGUAGAGGAACCGCGGUCUUCGCCACCGACUGCUGCGUCGACACUGCUUUCUUAUCGGAGUUCUUUGGAGACGCCGAGCGGAGUAAACUGGAAGUACGCCAACCAAGGACUGAACUUGCUCACCUCUGCAUUGCAGGAGUAUUCAGCGCUGGAGGUUGGUGCAGGCAAUGCAACGCAGUCCUUCAGUCGACAGCUUUAUCUGCAUGCGUUGACCUACCUCCUCAAAGGACUCCCUUCAGACCUCAGUAAUGAAGAGAGGCUUUCGGUGAAAACGGCUCUGCCACCAAUCAUGUCCAAAGCAGUGCAGGUGGGAGCGACAAGCGGGCAGCUCAUCCAGUGUACGGCCAGCGACGGGGACGCGCCAGCGCCAGCGCCCGAGCCUUCGUGGGUGCAUAGAAUCUUUGCGACAGGAAUCAUUCAGAUGUUCCUGCUCUUCAAUAUUCUCCUGCCCUACUUCAAGCUCUUUAUCGGGCAGGCAUACCAGUACGAGCGCCAGCACCGGAUAUCAGAGCGGCUGGUGUCGUCGUCAAUCAGCACGGUCGACGGGCUCGGACGGCGUGGUAUCCGCUUCACCAACACCAUCUGCCAGAUGAACGACGGGAAGGUGGGACAGGCAAUCAACGACGUGACGCUUUGGUGGCUCAAGGGCGUGACGGGCGGGAUCCAUGAAGGGGUCAGCGAGGGGUUGAAUAUCUUGAAUAAAGUACCUAGAUAG